AUGGAUCACGAUGAGUUCAGGUACCGGGGAAAAGAAAUGAUAGAAUAUAUCUGUGGUUACAUGGAAAACCUAGAGACUAGACGAGUAACACCUAAUAUAGAACCAGGUUACCUUCGGAAACUUCUACCAGAGGAAGCUCCUGAAAAUUCUGAAGACUGGGAUAAAAUCAUGGAAGAUGUAGAAUCGAAAAUCAUGCCUGGAGUAACGCACUGGCAACAUCCAAGGUUUCAUGCAUAUUUUCCCAGCGGAAAUUCCUACCCAUCCAUUCUUGGGGAUAUGCUUUCAGCUGGUAUUGGAUGUAUAGGAUUUUCUUGGGCAUCUAGCCCCGCUUUAACAGAACUGGAGACUAUUGUUCUGGACUGGCUAGGAAAGGCCAUUGGAUUGCCUGAUCAAUUUUUAGCGUUCACAGAAGGAAGUAGAGGAGGUGGAGUUAUACAGACAUCGGCAAGUGAAUGUGUACUGGUAUCGAUGUUGGCAGCCCGAGCUCAAGCUUUGAAAAGGCUGAAACAGCAACAUCCUUUUGUUGAAGAAGGUCUGCUUCUCUCGAAACUAAUGGCAUAUUGUUCUCGGGAAGCUCAUUCUUGCGUAGAAAAGGCAGCCAUGAUAUGUUUCGUGAAACUCAGGAUAUUAGAACCCGAUGAAAAGUCAUCUUUGAGAGGAAAAACAUUAAUGUUGGCUAUGGAAGAAGAUGAAACAAUGGGCUUGAUUCCAUUCUUUGUGUCAACAACCUUGGGAACAACAGCUUGUUGUGCCUUUGAUAAUCUUCCAGAAAUAGGACAAGUUUGCAGAAAAUUUCCUUGUGUAUGGUUGCAUGUUGAUGGGGCUUAUGCUGGUAAUGCUUUUAUCUGCCCAGAGUUGAAAUAUCUUCUUGCUGGAAUAGAAUAUGCUGAUUCUUUCAAUACAAAUCCAAACAAAUGGCUGCUAACGAACUUUGAUUGUUCCACGUAUUGGGUGAGAGACCGAAUCCGACUAACUUCAGCUUUAGUGGUGGAUCCUCUAUAUCUUCAACAUGGUUACUCAGAUGCUACAAUUGAUUAUAGACAUUGGGGAGUUCCACUCAGUAGAAGAUUUAGAUCACUGAAAUUAUGGUUUGUGCUACGCAGUUAUGGGCUGUCAGGACUGCAGAAAUAUAUUAGAAACCAUAUCAGAUUAGCUCAAAGAUUUGAGGAGUUGGUCCUCAAAGACAAAAGAUUUGAAAUUUGUAACGAAGUUAAGUUAGCACUCGUUUGCUUCCGGUUGAAAGGCAGUGAUAAACUAAAUGAAAAACUUCUCAGCAAUAUUAACGCUUCAGGAAAACUGCACAUGGUUCCAUCGAAUGUUAAUGAUAAAUAUGUUAUAAGAUUCUGUGUCGUAGCAGUUAAUGCUGAAGAGGCAGACAUCGAUCAUGCCUGGGAAGUUAUAAGAGAAUUUGCAGAUGAAUUAUUGGAAGUCCAGAUCACAGAGAAAGAACAGGUAAUUUGA